AUGGCCAGCACAGAUACAGACAGUCCAGAUAUUGACGAGUGCAGCACGUCUAACGGAGGGUGUGGACAGGUGUGCCAGAACAGCCCUGGGACCUUCUCCUGCGCCUGUAACCAGGGUUACACACUGGGGGCUGAUGGGAAGACUUGUAAUGACAUUGACGAGUGUGCUCUAAACACUGACGGUUGUGAGCACCUCUGUACCAACACGAACGGUUCGUUCGUCUGCUCCUGUCCUGAGGGUCUCAAACUGGACAACAGUGGUACCAACUGUGUUGCUGCUGAUGCCUGCCUGAGCCUCAGCUGUUCACCUGCCAAUAUCGCCACCUGUGCAGUUGUGUCAGGUGCAGAGACCUGCAUGUGUGCAGCCGGGUAUGAAUUGGGCAGCAACGCUACAGUAUGCCAGGAUAUCAAUGAGUGUAACACAGUGUGUAACGGCACGAACAUCGCCUGCACUAACAUGGAAGGUUCCCACACGUGCGGCUGUGUGGCAGGGUUCUAUCUGGAGACAGCAGGAGAUGGGACUGUCAGCUGUGUUGCCACAAAGUCAUUCUCCGGUUCAAUCAAGAUCACCAGUCGCACCUACACGGCUGAUCUCGCUGACAUGACAUCCGCGGCGUUCAAAACUCUUGCUGCUUCUGUCAAAACUACGCUUGACGACUUGUACACUUCCAAACUCGGAGACGCUUUCAAGGGAACGGAGAUCACUGGGUUCAGUAACGGCAGCAUUGUCACUGACUACAACGUCAACCUGGCGCCCAGCAGUAACGAGACUGCAAACAGUCUGUCCACCGCGCUGUCCGAUGCCAUUCAAGACUCUGGCGGCAGCGGUGCUUUCUCGUUUGACCCGAGCAGCAUCAGUGUCUCUGAUGUGGAUGAGUGCGCCAGUGCAGGUGCAAACAGCUGCCACAUGCAGGCCACCUGCGAUAACACGGAGGGGUCCUACACCUGCACCUGUCUCACCGGCUACACAGACAGCUCACCUGCCGGCACCAAGUCUGGCUCCAUCUGUGAAGCGCAGUGGACCGUGUUCGCCCCGUGA